GAGCCCUUGGUUUCUCCUAAAAUAAAAAUCUUUUACCAAUUUCGUGUUCGAUCCCAUUUUCUGACGUAUCUCUUUCCCUAUAUAUUUUCUCUUCCCACGGCGAAUAAAGUCAGCUGAUUCGUCAUCCAUUGAAUACCCACCUGAUUCUGGUUGCAAGAGACCCACCUCUCUCUCUCUCUCUCUUUUAAUUAAGCAUUUCUAUUCCAUUUCCUCCCUUUUAUAGAAAUAUUAACCAUUUAUUAUUGUUUUUCAUUACUACAACACUCUUCUUUUCGAAGUUUCUGAAACUUUCACUCUAAGCAUACAUUUUUCUUUUGUUUACCCUUUUUCUUUCUCUCUAUCUGCUCUUUGCCUCUUUCAAUUAGCUUUAGAUCUGGGAUAGUUUAGAGCAAAAUACACUUUCUAUUUAUUGCAUGCUAAUCCUAGCUGCUUAUAGAUUUUCAAAAUUGAAAGUCAAAUUUAUUUGCUUUUAUCGCCUGUAAAUGUCUUUCCUCCACUGAACUAGCUAUUUUCAGCCUUUUCUUUUAAACUCUCUUUCAUUAGCAAAUUAAAGACGAAAUCUUUUUUGAUUUGUUACUGGGGACAUUUCUGCUCUUGGGUUUUGGUUAUUGGUAUGUAUUCUAUUCCCUAUUUACGCAUCUUUGCUUCAAAGUCUUAGCUUGGAUGUUAUUCGAAUACCUAAAAAGGAGGCUUUGGUUCUGUUACAGAACCUCCUUUCUUCUCUUUGCCUCUUCUCUCUUAACUAGAUUGCUGGGUUCCACUUUGCUUGCUAGCAUUUUCGGUUUUCUGAGCUAGUUCGUACACCUCUUAGUUUUCAGCUAGAGGGAAUUGCUGUCCAUGAAAAACCGAUUAAUGAGUAUGAGAAAAAAUGCCAAUUCCCACUCAGGAAGGGUGUUUAGUGAUAGAAAAUGGCUUAUUCCAUUUUUUGCAAGCCUCCUUGUAUCUUUGACUCUAUUUCUGUCAGCUACUUUUGGGCUAUUUACCUCUUCUUAUGGGGGAGAUCAGUUGCCAUUUGACAUUAUUUCAUUUUCAAGAUCAGAGGACGCCAGUGGGUAUUUCGUUGAAUCCGAAUUAAACAAGUCGUUUAACACAAGUGGGUAUUCAAAAUUGGAGGCCCCUAGAUUAGCUUAUCUCAUCUCAGGGACAAAGGGCGAUAGUCGUAGAAUGAUGAGGACUUUGCAAGCAGUGUAUCAUCCAAGAAAUCAGUAUAUUUUGCAUUUAGAUCUUGAGGCACCGCCCCGUGAAAGGUUGGAGUUGGGGAUAUCUGUGAAGAAUGAUCCGACAUUUCUAGAAGUUGGGAAUGUACGUAUAAUGGCACAGUCCAAUUUGGUGACCUAUAAGGGGCCAACUAUGAUAGCGUGUACACUUCAAGCGAUUGCAAUUAUGUUGAGGGAGAGCUUGGAGUGGGAUUGGUUCAUUAACCUCAGUGCUUCGGAUUAUCCUCUUGUGACACAAGAUGAUUUGCUUCUUGUAUUCUCAAAUAUGUCUAGAAAUCUAAACUUCAUUGAACAUACGAAGAUUACUGGAUGGAAACUGAACCAAAGGGCAAAACCAAUUAUCAUUGAUCCAGGCCUUUACUUAUCAAAGAAAUAUGACCUUGCUUUGACUUCUCAACGUCGUUCACUUCCCACUUCUUUCAAGUUGUUUACUGGUUCAGCAUGGGUAAUGCUAACCCGAUCCUUUUUAGAAUACUCUAUAAUGGGAUGGAAUAACCUCCCACGAACUCUCUUAAUGUACUACACAAAUUUCAUCUCCUCUCCAGAAGGAUACUUCCAUACUCUUAUUUGCAACACAGAAGAAUUCCGAAACACAGCAAUAGGCCAUGAUCUUCACUACAUUGCUUGGGACACUCCUCCAAAGCAGCAUCCUAUCUCUUUGACCAUGAAAGACUUCGACAAAAUGGUUAAAAGCAAGGCACCAUUUGCUCGUAAAUUUGCAAGGGAUGAUCCGGUUUUAGACAAGAUUGACAAAGAGCUUCUAGGUCGCACAAGCCGGUUUGCACCUGGAGCAUGGUGUAUUGGCAGCUCAGAUGAUGGUGCUGAUCCAUGCUCUGUGCGUGGAAAUUAUUCAGUGUUUAGGCCAGGUCCAGGUGCUGAGAGGUUGCAACAACUGUUUCAGACAUUGUUAUCUGAUGAUUUUAGAAAAAAGCAGUGUUCAUGAUAGAAGUGAAAUUUUGAUAAAUCUCCAAGUGUACAUUGGUGUAUUCUUAGAUUAUACAGCUGAUGUAGAAUGACGGAAGUUUUCUCUUAUUCCCACAUAAAUGGAACAUUAAGUUGAAAAUGUAAAAAAAUGUUUAUUGGUACAUUUUCAAUCUACCCAAUUCAUUUAUUUUGUUUAUUA